AUGGCCGACUCUCUGACCGAGGAACAAGUCUCCGAGUUCAAGGAGGCGUUCUCCCUCUUUGAUAAGGAUGGCGAUGGACAAAUCACCACCAAAGAGCUCGGCACGGUCAUGCGAUCCCUGGGUCAGAACCCGUCCGAGUCUGAGCUGCAAGAUAUGAUUAACGAGGUCGACGCCGACAACAAUGGCACCAUUGACUUCCCUGAGUUCCUGACCAUGAUGGCAAGGAAGAUGAAGGACACCGACUCCGAGGAGGAAAUCCGCGAGGCCUUCAAGGUCUUCGACCGUGACAACAACGGCUUCAUCUCCGCGGCCGAGCUGCGUCACGUCAUGACCUCUAUCGGCGAGAAGCUUACGGACGACGAGGUCGACGAGAUGAUUCGCGAGGCUGACCAGGACGGCGACGGAAGAAUCGACUACAACGAGUUCGUCCAACUUAUGAUGCAGAAGUAG